AUGAACACUGUUCAAGAUCCAGAUAUCGUUGCCUUGUACAGCAAAAUACACAACAAUCCAGAGUACUUGGAUGUCCCCAAUGAGAUGACAUUUGUGGAGUCACCUCUUCAUACUGCUGCUUCAGAAGGCCAUAUCGGCCUUGCCCUUGAAAUCUUGAGGCUAAAACCUUCGCUGGGAAAGAAAUUGAACCUUGAUGGUCUUAGUCCACUUCACCUUGCUUUGGGUAAUGGACACACCAACUCCGUGAGACGACUCGUCAAGCAUGAUCCGGAGCUCAUUCGUGUCCAAAGGAGGGAAGGGAUCGCUCUUUUGCAUUACCUAGUGGAAAAAGAGGAAAUUGAUCUUUUGAUUUAUUUUCUUCUCAUCUGUCCACUCUCAAUAUAUGAAUUGACCGUUCGAGAUGAGACUACUGUGCAUAUUGCUGUAAGGAAUAACAAUCUUAGAGCUUUUACGGUUUUGUUAGCAAGUCCAACCUCGGCGCGGCGAAAUUUCUCACAUUUGGUAUGA